GAGAGGAGAAUAAUUUUAGUAUUAGUGCAUUCAACAAAUUCACAUUACAUAGUUCUUGUGCGGUCGCUUUCAUAAUCGCAGCUUUUCUUCGACUCUCGCGAAGAAGUAAAGUAAAGGCACGCACAGUGAAGCAACAAGCACACUUCUCCUCUUUGUUCUUCCAUCUCUAUCUCUCUCUCUCGAUGACCGAUGGAAGCGCUGAGAGUCGCUGCCGUACAGUAAGAGAACGAGCAAGACUUGGGGAGAGGAUGGUCAGCAUGAACUCCACCCUCGUCGAAACAGUGAGCAUCAACUAUGAAGACUUCAACGAGAGUUUCCUCACGUGCGGCACUUGCCUAUGUAUGUACGAUGGGAAUGAGCACACCCCGAAACUGCUUCAAUGCUCGCACUCGGUGUGUCUUCACUGUCUGACGAGGAUUGCAGCGUCGCAGACAAGAGAUACGGGCACGUUUCGAUGUCCGAUCUGCAGGGAGUUGAUCACAAUACCGAGAGGCGGUGUGUCCGCGUUGCCACCGUCGUUUCUCGUCAAUCAGUUGUUAGAUCUGAUGUCCAGACAGAGACGUGAGGUGAUACCGAAAUGUUCGAUACACGUCGCCCAAGAGUUGCUCUUCUGCGAGACGUGCGAUCAAGUCUUCUGCACCCUCUGCACCGGAGGAUCGCACAACGAUACGACGAACAGCUGCGAACACACAAUCAUACCGUUCUCCAUAGCCAUCAAACGGAUGUCCGAAAUACUACUCUACAAAGCGAACGAGUGCAUCUCAAAAGUAAGCCUUUUGCAUUUACCUUACCUUACAUUCAAAGUACCUGAAAAUUAUUGAAAUUACAUUGUAUGA